GAAGAGGCCAUCCCUGGCCUGGCUUGCAGGGGCCGCACUCCCCAAAGUCCCGCGUGACACGCAGAAGAGAGGGCUCGUCCAGCGCCUCCGAGGCGCGCUGCUACAGGCGCGCAGGCGCUGGGGCCUUCGCUUGGUGAGGCUGGUGGUCUCCGUGGUUGUGGGUGUCGAGCUGAUGGCAGCCCGGGACGCGGAGACCGCCGCCAGGCUGGUGCAGGAUGCUAUGGAGGCAGCCAGCAACGGAGUCAAGGACUUCACUGGAAAGAAGGACUACAAGUUUGGAGACGUCACGAAAGCGGCCAUGACGAAGUUCGCAUCCGGCCUGAAAUCCGGCAUCAGCUCUUACACUGGCAAAGAGGACUAUGAGUUCGGUGACCUCACGAAAGCCACUGUCUCCAAAUUCACAGGGAAGGACAGCUACAAGUUUGGAGACAUCACCAAAGCUGCCGCGGAGAAGAUCUCGGACGCGGCGAGCUCGACUGCGAAGCAGAUAACGGGGAAGGAGGACUACGAGUUUGGCGACAUCACUCGGAGCCUGAUUUCCAAGGUUCGAGGUCGAGAUGGCGAAGAUGACGAAGGCGAUCGAGCGAAGAGCUGA